AUGAAAGAGGUUCGGCAGUUCAAAGCAUGGAGAAAAACCUGUCAUGAUGAAACAGACAAUAUCAUGCCAUUAUGCAUAAUAGAAAGAAAUAAAAAUGGAAUUCAACAUUAUUUCGAUGAUCUAAAUAGCGAGACAAAUCCUUGCAUCACAUUUUCUACCUUUAGACCAACAAGAGAUUCAUUUGCCUCUGUUUCAUAUAAGAUAUUUGAAGCAAAUUAA